AUGUCUACAAAACUCCAAGACGUUCAACAUGCCUACUCAAUUGCCGGAUUCCUUCAUAUGAAACAACUCGGAGGUGCUUUGGCAUUAUGGAGACCACGCCGACGAUUUUAUUUUGCGAUUGACGAGAUUGUGGAGGAGCUUGUUUAUCAUAAGUCUGAAGUUGAGUUCUGUGCGCAUCGAGAGCCGCUGGGAACGUUCCCGAUUGCCAGUUCGGUGAUUACCUUGGAUGAAAACAACCAUUUAGUGUUUAUACUACACACCUCUGGCAGAAGCAUCGAGUUCGAGGCGGAUAACGAGGAGUCGUGUCGUGCUUGGUUGAACACUUUUUGUAAUCGGUAUUCUGAAGCCGAGAGAGCAAAGUAUCAAAUGAUGACCCAUCGGAAAGUAAAACGAGCUUCUAGUUUACCGGACCAAGAGUCAACUCCGGCCGCAACAGAUCGCCAUAUACCAUUCAGAAAACACUCUGUGCCUGCUCGAAACUUGGUGACAACUCGAAAUUUCAUCAUGCCUCCACCAGAUAUAGCGGAAGGCUAUUUGCCAGACGAGGAAAUGGACGAUUGGGUGACUCACUGGCUUACAAAUGAGAAAUUUCACAAUUUCGCUUCUUGUACGGAUAUGACUACACCAACCUCCACGAAUCAUAGCAAAGUUGACACCUGCAGUGAGAGUGAAAGGCAUGAAAACUAUUUGUAUUGUUAUGUUAUAAUAAAUUGUGAGUUUAGAGCUGAAAGUGAAGAAUUGGAUUUGCUUCGUGAAGUUACGAAUAAUCAGAAGAAGAAAAUUGAAGAGAUGAAACACGAAAUGAAUGCGAUGACAAUGCAUAUGGAGCAAAUGAGAAAACGAGCGGAUACUGUACCAGGAGCAGAUCGGGAGACUUUAUCAGCACAGAACAAGUUUCUGAACUCUGAGAUCCUCCGUAUGAGUGCGAAAUGUGAAAUUUUGUCGAUGCAGAGUAAUGGGAGUAGCAAAGAGAAUAAGAGACUGGCUGAGGAAUUGCAGUUGCUUCGUUGCGACUAUGUAUAUGCCAUCCAGUCAACUAUCAGAAUUCCGUUACAUGAUAACUCAGCUAUGGAUGUGAUGUCGGUAAAAUUGUUAGGAGGAGAAACGCAUAAAUCCCGUCUCAUCCAACUAAUGGCGGAAGCUCGCCAACAUGACCCUAGUCUUCCAACUCUUCAAAGCUUGCUUCAAGGAAUUUAUGUGGAUUCUUUUGGUUUUCGAAUAAAUUUCAAGGAAGAACCAAAUGCACUUCACUACAUGGCAACUAAACUCAAUCAUUUUUACUUGUGCCGGUCAAAGUCUGCCAUUGAACAUAAACAUAACUGGAAACGGUUUUUGGAAGAAAAUGAUUUUAUUGACCUCACUCCCGAAACCAAAGUGAUGUGUCGGAAAGGGAUCCCCAACUCAUUGAGAGCUACAGUAUGGAGAAUACUGAUCAACCAGCAAGUGGAAGACUUAAAAAAUGUAUAUGGAAAGUAUUACUAUCGGAAUCUGUGCAACAUUCAAGGAGGGGAAGAUGAAAAAACAUACUCUGACGUUCACCAAAAGCAAAUAAAUCUGGACUUGCUGCGAACAAUGCCAAACAAUGUGCAUUUCAUGAGUGCAAACAGCAAAGGGGUAACCCAACUUCUGCAAGUGCUCCACGCGUUUUGCCUUCACAACUCCCAAAUCGGUUAUUGCCAAGGAAUGAACUUCCUUGCUGCCACUGCACUUCUAUUUGUUGGUCCAGAAGACGCAUUCUGGUUUUUGAUUGCCAUCACCGAGCGAUACUUUGAUAAAACAUACUUUGAUAGCAACUUGACCGGUGCUCAAGCUGAUCAAGAAGUUCUCAAAGGGUUACUCGAGGCGCAGCACCCAAAAAUAAUGAUGCAUUUGAGAAGUUUGGACAUCGAUGUGGCGUCUUUUACUCUGAAUUGGUUUAUUGCACUGUUUUUUGAUUCGGUACCUUUUAAUACAUUGUUAAGAAUCUGGGACUGUUUUUUGUUAGAGGGACCAAUAGUGCUUUUUCGUUUUGCAAUUGUGCUCAUCGGAAAGCAUGAGGAAGAAAUAAUUAGUAGAACUGAUACAAUUGGGAUAAUGAGAGUAUCAAAAGCAGCAACUAAACUGGCUUAUGAUGAGGAAGCGAUUGUAAAUAUGGCAUUCCACAUCCCGAAUCUACCAACUAGAGUUGAAUUAAAGAGUAUGCAAAUUCAAUAUGUCAAUUUGUUAGCAGAGAAACUGGAAAAGAAGACAAAACGUGCCAAUGAUUUUGUGAAGAGCAUUGCAAACAACUUGUCCAAUGAGAAACUCAUCUCCAAUAUUUUCAUUGACACGUUUACUCCUAACACAGGUUUCAUUGUGUCUGGACACCACUUGAUGGGAAAGAUUGCUGGAAUCAGAGUGGUCAAGGAUAAGGCGAUCAUGAAAGAUAUUGAUGUGGAGUUUGAUUGUCGUGUGAUGUCAAUCUGUAUGGUUCGAAAAGAUAUGGCUUAUGUUAGUCUGAUAUCCGGAUACCUCAUAGCUGCCCAUGUCAGUACUGAUAAUGAAUGGAGUAUCUUAUGGGAGCUGAAACUUCCUGACGUUGCAACAUUCCUAAUCCACCGAGAGAACACGCUCUUUGCCGGACUGGCUAACGGUAUCCUGACAGUGUUCGAAAACGCUGGAGAGCGCUGGCCUACCAGUGUCCAAAUGUGGCACAUGCCACUUAGUUCCUCUCCCUUAACGAAUGCUGCAGUUCAUGACGAUACUCUAGUUGUGGCUACAGCUUGUAAACUUAUCACAUUGGAUGCACAGUCUCUCACUAAUUUGUCUACAACUCAUGUGGCAUCGUCGAAUAUCACUUGUAUGACCGAAUCAACAUUUGGUAUAUUUUUAACAACCGACCACUCAACACUGAUUCAAUUAUGGCAAGACACUACCUGCAAUCUUCUUUACGAUAUAUCAUUCGACCACAAAACAAGAAAACCAUCUUUGUCAGAGACAGAAAACAGUAGUUAUGUAGAGUCAAUGCUAUUCAAUGACGGUAUCCUUUGGUUGGGCACUUCCGACGGUUACAUUUUUAUCUACAAUGUAGAGAAUGAGAGUGGAAAGGAGGAAGUACGAUAUAAGCUGAAACGGUUUGCUGGUGAGAAGCGACCAAGCCGAAGAGGGUCAUCAGCAAGAUCCCAACGUCUUGGUUCCCUACCAGAGGACUCAGAUGAAAGCGAUGAUAGCAUUCCACAGUUUUGCGCUGAAAAACGGGCUAGUCGGGUUAGCAUCAGCAUUGAUAGAGAGACUCAACAGUAUAGUGUAGCAUCAUUCCAACAAAAUUCUGAUGAACAAGACUUCGCGGGAAGCUCUUCCAGUCGACUGAAUAGUACUUCGUCCAAAACAAUGCGUUAUCCAAUGAAGAAGGGAUUCAGUGCAGACUCGGCGGUAUCAGUUUUUAGUUCAGAACCAAAUGAACUAAUAGAGAAAUGUGACGAGAACUUGUUGAAUGUAAAGAAAGAAAAAGAUUCGCCAAGAUUCUUCAGUUCUACCAAUUCUAGCUGCACGUCAAUGGAAUACGAUGACACAUUUGAGCUGUACUCUGAUGAAGAACGAUCGAGAAGACGGGUGGCAAUCACACCACACAGAAAGUCUAUUGUGCCCAAGCAGUUGAACCUGCACCGCAAGGACUUAACCUUUGAUGAUCCUUACAUCGUACCAGUUCCAGAAAGUGCUGAUAAAGAAACAUCGAACGAUGUGGAGGACAGUGCAGUGGUGUCAAGCGUCAAGUUGUCACUGUUCAUGAAGUUGAAAAUAUCGGAGACAUCUGUCAGAAAGAUAAUUUGUAGCGGAGAGCAUCACAUUCUGACAUGCUCUGGAGAGUUUGGUGCUGACGAAGCUGUCCUACUGUGGAGAAAAGAUUUGACUACAAACCUCUGGAUAAACGACCCCGUAACUCAUGAAAACCAAAUGUCUACCAAAACAUCUUCAUCUACUCCCGCAUCUAGCCGUUCCCUCUCUUUUCGCUCGAAAUGA